ACCUGUAGCAUGGUGACAUGUGUGACAGAUACAUAAGUGGUAUAACCUCAAUAAACAAAGAUGAAGUGUAACUUUUUAAAAUUCAUGUUUUUAAUAAAUCUAUCAAUAAUUCGCGGAAGUGAUGUUUGUUUAAAGAACGGAAAUUCUAACUGUAGCGACCCGAAAGUUAGUAAGUAUUCAAAAGAGGUAAAUACAAAGUACUUAAAAUAUUUAAAGGAUUUUACCACAGCCAAAGAGAGCUAUACACCAUGUGAUAAUACAAAGUGUGGUUGUUACUCUUCAGAAAUAGCUAACGAUUUGAAAGUAUUUAAUAAAGGGAUUAGUAAGCAAAUGGUCGACAAUAUAAAAAACAAAGGUACAAAAUAUCAAAUUAUAAAUCAUCGUCUCUACAGAGACAAAAAUUGUAUGUUUCCAGCUCGAUGUGAUGGCAUUGAGCAUUUCCUCCUCAAGCUUUUACCAAAAUUGCCUGACACGGAAUUUAUUAUUAACACUCGAGACUGGCCUCAAAUUCAUAAAAAUUAUGGUCUUUUUGGGCCUGUAUUUUCAUUUAGCAAAACUAAAGAUUAUCAUGAUAUAAUGUAUCCUGCUUGGGCGUUUUGGGAAGGUGGACCAGCUAUUUCACUCUACCCCAAAGGAAUAGGACGAUGGGACGCUCAUCGCAAUCGGUUAGGAAAAAUUGGUAACAAUACUGCUUGGAGCGACAAAUAUUCUAAAGGUUUUUUUCGCGGUUCUCGCACCAGUUCGGAGAGAGAUCCACUGGUACUUUUGUCUAGAGAGAAGCCAAACCUAGUUGACGCACAGUAUACAAAAAAUCAGGCUUGGAAAUCAGAUGCAGACACUUUACACCAACCUCCUGCAUCUGAAGUUUCAUUUGAAGAGCAUUGCAAAUACAAAUAUUUGUUUAACUUCAGGGGAGUAGCAGCAAGCUUUAGGUUCAAGCAUAUACUGCUGUGUAAAUCUGUGGUUUUUCACGUGGGAAAUGAAUGGUUGGAAUUCUUUUAUCCUGCGUUGAAACCUUGGAUCCACUAUGUUCCUGUUGAGGCAAAUGCAAAUAAAGAAAACCUGGAACAAUUGCUAAAAUUCGUAAUGGAUAAUGAUGAUGUUGCAAAAGAAAUUGCUCACAGUGGGUUUAACAUGAUAUGGAAUAAUCUUAAAAUGGUUGAUGUCUUUUGUUAUUGGCGUAAACUACUUAAAAAGUAUACAGCUUUAUUAACAUAUAAACCAGAACUUGAUGAGAACUUUAUAGAAAUUAAGAACUGAUUUAAUUUCUCAUAGCUUCACUGACACUAAAUGAAACUGACAGACAAUAAUCUCGCAAUGACAAUAAUUAGUAUUAAGUAAUUUAUUAAGCGAAAGUGAUAUUUACUCUUCUUAUUUAAUAUUGUAAUAUUUAUUUAUACCUAUUUAUAAUUUUGUAUUUGUUAUAUAUGUGUAAGUGUAUAUUGAAUGAAAAAUAUAGUCAUGUAAUGCAUAUCAA